AUGAAAUUUGAACAAUUACCAAAUGAAGUAUUCGUUGAAUGCUUUCAAUAUCUCAAUGCACCCGAUAUCUUUUAUUCAUUUGAUCGAUUAAACUAUCGGUUGUAUAUACUUAUUCGAAAUAUUCAUUUACAUCUCAAUUUUGAACAAAUUAAAAAGCCUUUAUUUAAUGAAUUUUGUCAAACAAUACGAAUAAAUCCGAAAAUAAAACGAAACAUCAUCUAUUUAAAAUUAUCAAAUAUAGAUACAUGUAAACAGAUUGAAUCAUUUUUUUCAUUAUUUCCAUUAAAUGAAUUUAUUCACCUUCGAUCAUUAUCCUUUAUUAAUUUGGGUUAUGAUGGUAUUGAACAAGUCUCAUCUAUGUUAACCUUAUUACCUGAUUUAUAUCGAUUUUAUGCUCCUGGAUGGAGAAUAGACGCACAGACUAUAUCUAAAUCGAAAAUACAAGUGUUAACAUUAGGAAACUAUCUUCCAACAUCUAUUUAUGAAACAUCGUCAGUUACAUCAUUACGAAUUUAUUUGUGUACUUUAUCUGAAUUACUAACACUAUUGAAUUAUACAUCGAUGUUAAAAUAUAUAAAAAUCGACAUGUGUAGUGAUUAUGAUAUGAAAUCUGAUUCUAGUAAGAUAUGUGCUGUUCAUUUAAAACAAUUACAUCUAAAUUAUUCUUCGACUUCUUUUGAACGUUUUGAACUGUUGUUAAAAUGUGUUCCAAACUUGAAAAUCUUUUCAAUCUAUGAUGACAAUGCAGACAAUAUGAUUGAUGCAGAUCGAUGGCAACAUCUCAUCAAAUCUUCAUUACCACUAUUACGUGUAUUCAACUUUAACUUUAGUUGUCGCUAUUCUGAAUCUUACGAUAAGAUAUUGAUCAAGCUUUCACCAUUUCAAACUGAUUUUUGGCAUCAAAAUAAUUGGUAUAUCAAUUAUGUAAUCGAUGACGGAAGAGCAUCCGUUUAUACUGUACCAUACACACCCACUCACUAUACAUUAACAUCUACUAUGAAGAAAUACAAUAGUUCAUCGACAUAUGAUUUAAAUGAAUUUGAUAAUGUUAAGUCUUUAUCUUUAUUUUCAAAUGCAAUUACAGAUGAUUCAUCAUGGUAUUUUCGAAAUGUUCAAUCAUUAAGUUUAGCAAGUAGUCGUUAUCCCCGUGAUCGUCGUGAUGAAGACGAUGAGUACGAAUUAAAAAUAGAAUAUUUAAAGAAGAUGGUCAACUUAUCAAAUAUUACAGAAUUGGAAAUUACAAAAAAAUGUGUCAUUAAAUCCGAAUUACUAUUUCAAAUAUUAAAGCAAAUGCCAAAUAUAUCAUCAUUAAUAUUAAAGAAACAAAUAAGAAGUUCAUUUUAUACUCAUCACGAACUCUGUGAACUUUUGAGUAAAAAAAUAAAAAUAUUGGAUUUUACUUAUCCAUCUUGGGAUCAUUAUAUUGUAAUUCAAGAUUUAGAUUGGUUUUGUAAAACAUUUUCAAAUAUCGAAGAACUUCAGUGUGAUAUCGAUAAUGUUGAUGAUAUUUUAUUAAUAUUAACAAAAUGUUCUAAAUUAUCAAAAAUAAAAAUCAAAUGCGUUACUAAACGAAUCUAUACAUGGUUUCAAAACAAUACAUUAACAUCAAAUGUUUAUAUUAAUUAUGAACCAAAAUAUUUUGAAUCAAAUGAUAAUACACCAUAUAAUUCAGAUUAA